AUGCAGCAGCGGCAUCUAGCUGCAGAGCGAAGUGAAGCCAGUAACUACUGUUUUGAGAAGGCUGUCACCCCAUGCCAUCCCGACGUGUGUCAGCACGGUGGAGUCUGCAAGUCCUGUUUCUCUGAGUCUCCCAUGUGUGACUGUCCUCCAGGAUACACUGGCGUUUUCUGUGAAACAGACAUAAACGAGUGUGCAUCUAACCCUUGCCAGAAUGGGGGAACAUGUAUUGAUCGUGUCAACUCCUACGUGUGUGCCUGUCGGAUUGGGUUCGACGGAAAUCUGUGUGAAAACGACAUCGACUAUUGUGACCCCAACCCUUGUCCUGCUAGUUGGACCUGUGUGGAUCAAGUUGUUGGGUUCCACUGUGAAGUUCCCCAUGGAGCAAAAGCCGCCUCUACCUUCUGCAUGGCUUCUCCCUGCGGUCCUGGGUGGACAUGUGAAGAUACCGGCCUUCGUACCGGCUACAACUGCAUCCCCGUCUCCUAACGCCGAUACCAGUCCAGCCCUCCAAGUGGA